UGUAGUGAUGAUGAGUUACGCAAAAUAUAAAAAAAGGUUUUAUUCUCAUUAAGUUGUCCUUAUAUUGGCCAUGUAGACAUAUUUUUAAUAGUCAUUUUACAAUUAUUUUCGUGUAAGUUUUUUUACGACCGCAUAUUUUUUAUAAAAUCAUUUUUAAUUAAAAUUACUUUUAACUUAUCACAAAAUGUGUGACGAAGAAUUUAGAACAUUACGCAUGGAUCCCCGGUACCCGUUUCAAAAUCAAACUAAGGCGUGUUACGACAACUAUUGCGACUUUUACAAGUGCACUCGAUUGUUGGGCGAAGUUGAUGACUGUCAAAUAUUCAAGAGAUAUUUUCAGACCAUUUGCCCCAACUUUUGGAUAGAGAACUGGGACGAAUUGAGAAAGAAGGGAGCCUUCCCUGGACCAAUUUAAUUACUAAUUAAAUAUGUUUUUGCUUUUCACAAAUUGUUUUAUUGAACUCAUUUAUCUACUAAACUACAUAUUCCUAUAAUCUCCUCUACAUGUAUAUCUAUACUCCUAUUUACAUGUUUAUCUUACGCAUUAUCGAGAAGAUUGUUAUCUCUAUAAUUUCGACACAAUUAUAUAUAUGAUUAUAAUAAUAAUAAUAUCCUGGGACAUUAUUCACACAUGGCCAUCUGAUCACAAAUUAAGCAGUACCUGUACUAUGGAAACCAGACAACUGAUAUACUAUUUUUCUUUUGUAAAUACAUACU